AUGGACGAUGUGGCGGCAGAAGUGUCCCCACCAACGGAGUUGGUGGUCACCACCGACGGCACAUCGGGAAAGCGUAAACGGCUGAAAGUGGUGAUCCCCGAAAGGGUGCGUACUCAGCUACGGAGGCUUAGUGAGAGCCUUGGUGACCCUUCGGAGAUUUCGGAGGAUAUUGACUCUCAUUUGGAUCUCGACUUGUCCGCUCGUACACCUCUUGCCAGUCCAGGCAUAACGAAUUUUCGAAUGAAGUUCACCGGGCGAGAACCAGAAAGUAAGGUGCUGGUGCUUUAUACCGGUGGCACAAUUGGCAUGCAGAGUCACAAUGGAGUGUACGUACCAGAACCCGGUUAUUUGGGCGAAGCGAUACGCGAAGACCCCCACCUGAACGAGGAAAGCUACAUUUAUAGGUUCUUCAAGCACGAGGCCGUUAAGCCCUUCGCUUUGCCGUAA